UCAUUGAAAGAGAUGGGUGGCAUGACGCAUCUUCUCCUUCUGCUGUGGGCCGGUGUCACAGUGGGCACAGUGGUGGAUCUGCAGAAGAGAAUCAUCGGAGGACAAGAUUGUCUGACUAAUGAGAGUCGGUACCACGUUCAACUGAGAAAAUCUGAAGCUAAUGGACCAUUUGAACUUGAGUGUGGUGGCUCUCUGAUCAGUCCCCAGUGGAUUCUGACUGCAGCACACUGCUGGGACGAAACAUGGACAAUGAGAACAGUUUUGGGUGUGCAUCCAGGUCCAGGAACACCAGUGGCAGUCACACCUCAUUUCUUUAUGGACAACCAGAACAGGAAACAUGACAUCAUGCUGCUGGAGAUAACUGACCCUAACAUUCAUCAUACAACCAUCAUACCACUUCCUAACUGUCAAAGUCGUCUCAACGAAGGUGAUGAAGUUCAGAUUGCAGGUCAUGCAUCCAAAUUGAAAACCUUUUCUAAAUUAAGAAUAUCUGAAGAAACAGUGAAGCUCCAAUGUGCAAACACCGAGGUCGUCAACUGUCAGAAGCUCAGAAACUGUCUGCCGAACAGCUACCCAGAUGACUGGCAGUAUCUGAGCUAUCAACACUGGUUGUGUUGCCAAAGAGCUGGAGUGGAUUUAUCUAAAGGUGACUCUGGUGGAGGAGUGGUGUUCAAUGGCAUGCUUUAUGGUGUCAAUUCAUUCAUUGGUAAUGGAACCCAUGCCUGUGUUGAGGCAGCUGGAUUCAUGGACGUCUGUGAAAAAGAGUACAUGGAUUGGAUCUUAAAAACUACCGGUAUUAAACCCUGAAUGGGAUGUGUAGGGUGUGCUAUACUGUAAAAUGUUCUGUCAUUUAACAGGCAUUUUUAAAGGCAUUAAGAAAAAUUGUUGAGUUACUCUAAAUUUACAGUUGAUACAUUAACUAACUAUUGAUUAAGCGUUUGUAAAGCUCUUUAAGAACAAACAUUAUGGUAGUGUCUGAGUUAUAACUGCUACUUUACAUAUUGUUGGUGUCAAAGUGUUGUUAUGGUAAAAAUAAUAAUCAAAAUAUAUAUACAUAUAAAAUAUAGAUUUUCCCACGUGUGAAUUUAGUCAUUAAAAAAAAAAAAUACAAUAGUCUGCUCUCCCGUUAACAAUACUGAGAACUUUGAUAAUCAAUAUGAAUCUUCUUGUACAAUGUUGUCACUUUUAAAUAAAAUGAAGAUGACUCAC